CGAAACCAACCUGCCAAUCACACAUCACUCACUCGGCCACAGGAACCAGCAUCCAUCGAUCCAUGGAGUCCACGCCGGCGCCCCCUCUCCUCACGCCGCACAAGAUGGGCCAGUUCGACCUCUCGCACAGGGUUGUGCUGGCGCCACUGACGAGGCAACGGUCCUACGGCAACGUGCCGCAGCCGCACGCGGGGGUGUACUAUGCGCAACGGGCGACCAAGGGUGGGCUACUCAUUGCGGAGGCGACGGGAGUGUCAGACACGGCACAGGGGUACAAGGACGCCCCUGGCGUGUGGACGAAGGAGCAGAUCGACGCGUGGAAACCCGUGGUCGACGCCGUGCACGCCAAGGGCGCGCUCUUCUUCUGCCAGAUAUGGCAUGCCGGACGCGUCUCAAAUUACAAGUUACAGCCCAAUGGGCAGGCGCCGAUAUCGAGCACCGACAAGCAGGUGAGUCCUCAGAUGAGCGCUGACGGCCGUCUCGAGGAGUUCUCGCCGCCGAGGAGGCUCGCAAAGGACGAGAUACCCAAUGUCGUCGAUGACUUCAGAGAAGCCGCAAGGAACGCCAUCGCAGCUGGGUUCGACGGUGUUGAGAUCCACGGCGCCUACAGCUACAUCAUCGAGCAGUUCCUCAAGGAUAGCGCCAAUGACCGUACCGACGAGUACGGCGGCAGCCUCGAGAAUCGAUGCCGCUUCGCACUAGAGGUGGUGGACGCCGUCGUCAGGGAGGUGGGCGGCCAUUGCGUGGGCAUCCGUCUAUCUCCCUUCACUGACUACAUGGAUUGCCAUGACUCGGACCCUCAGGCUCUCGCCCUCCACCUUGUCAAGAAGCUCAAUGACUAUGGCAUCCUCUACUGCCACAUGAUUGAGCCAAGGAUGGCGCACGGCGAUGGCCGGCGCCAGGUCCCGCACCGCCUGCUACCCUUCAAGGAGGCCUUCAACGGCACCUUCAUCGCCAACGGGGGGUACGACCGGGAGGAAGGGAACAAGGUGGUCGGCGAGGGGUACACUGACCUCGUCGCUUAUGGGCGGCUGUUCCUGGCAAACCCAGACCUACCAAGGAGGUUCGAGCUCAGUGCGCCGCUCAAUGACUAUGACAGGAUGACAUUCUAUACCUCUGACCCUGUCGUGGGCUACACCGAUUAUCCAUUCCUCGACAAAUAAAUCAGCUUCCUGCAAAGCUCGAAUGAUCGAAGAAACAAAAGAAAAAAAAGAUCGACAUCAAUUAUCUACUGUAGUUUUUCUGAAAUUUGGUUGUGCCAAAAAUAAAAUAAAAUGACUAAUCUAUGAUGCUCGAUUACCAUCUUAUUUCAA